CCAUGCCUCCCGCUUGUGACCAGUCACGUUUGCUGUUCACUAACCCCGCCCCCGUGUGUCUUGUGCGGUGUGUAUGCGAAAACAUGGCGGCGUUGAGAGCGGUGACAGGGACCGGGAGCCGGCUAACUCGUUGUGUGUUCAGCUGGUCCCGUACUACUUUACAAUCAUCCACAAGAUCGGCAGCGCACUUCACCUUCCAUCCGGAUCCCGAACCCAGCGAAUAUGGAGCAACACAGAAAAUGAACCUUUUCCAGUCUGUGCAAAGUGCAAUGGACAAUACCCUAUCUAGAGACCCAACAGCAGUAAUAUUUGGUGAAGAUGUCGCUUUUGGAGGUGUUUUCCGAUGUACUGUCGGCCUGAGAGAUAAAUAUGGUAAAGACAGAGUUUUCAACACUCCCUUGUGUGAACAGGGAAUUGUUGGAUUUGGCAUCGGAGUUGCAGUUGCUGGCGCUACCUCCAUUGCUGAGAUCCAGUUUGCAGACUACAUAUUUCCAGCAUUUGAUCAGAUUGUAAAUGAAGCUGCAAAGUAUCGAUAUAGAUCUGGUAACCUUUUUAACUGUGGGAGCUUGACAAUAAGAGCACCAUGGGGCUGUGUGGGGCAUGGUGCACUCUAUCAUUCUCAAUGUCCAGAAGCUUUUUUUGCUCAUAGUUCUGGCAUUAAGGUGGUCAUACCGAGAAGUCCAAUCCAAGCAAAGGGCUUGCUUCUUUCCUGCAUUGAGGAUAAAGACCCGUGUAUUUUCUUUGAACCUAAGAUACUGUAUAGAGCAGCAGUUGAACAAGUGCCUCUUGAACCAUACUACUUACCUUUGUCUCAAGCUGAAGUAAUACAAGAAGGGAAUGAUGUCACUCUUCUCUCUUGGGGUACUCAGGUUCAUGUUAUUCGUGAAGUUGCAUCUAUGGCCCAAGAAAAACUUGGCUUGUCCUGUGAAGUGAUUGACUUAAGAACUAUUCUGCCAUGGGAUAUUGAAACAGUCUGCAAGUCUGUCGCAAAGACCGGUCGGUUAUUAAUCAGUCAUGAAGCUCCAGUAACAGGAGGCUUUGCAUCAGAAAUAAGUUCUACAGUACAAGAGGAGUGCUUCUUGAAUCUCGAAGCUCCUAUAGCUAGAGUAUGUGGAUAUGACACUCCAUUUCCUCACAUCUUUGAGCCUUUCUAUAUACCUGAUAAAUGGAAAUGCUUUGAUGCUCUGCGAAAAAUGAUUAACUUCUGAAGAAAGCAAUAUGGGUUCACUCUUUGCUGGAUCACAAGACUGUAUCUGUAUUGUCAAUAAGUAACUCGGCUUGAAUGGCUUUACUGGAUACUGUUUCGAAGUCAACACUACCAGAAAUCAUGAUAUAAAAAGAAUAGAGUUUUUGAGUAAACCAAAAUGAAAUGUCCAUUCC